GCGAUCUCGGAGGGAAGAUGAGCGGCGAAUUGCUUACGCUAGAUUGCCUGGUCCAUAUUUUCUCGCACCUGGAGGCACCGGAUUUACUCAGAGCAGCCCAAGUGAAUAAGACAUGGCUCGAAGCAACGGAGACUGCUUCUCUUUGGAGAAAUAUGUGCCUAAAUCAGUGGGCAUUCUGCAAUAUCUCUGUGACGCCAGGAAUGCAGACCUGGAAAAAGUACUAUCUCCACCGUUCUAAUAUUGAGCAUAAAAUGAUGUCAGGACGACCUUCAGCUGACUAUACAUGUAAAGCCAUGAGAGGACAUCAAGGAGAGAUACAAGAUAUGGCUUACCUGUCGCCGAAUGAACACACAUUUGCCAUGGGAAAGGUAAAAUCCAUUGUGUGCACUGCAUCUGGUGAUGGCACUGUCAAGGCGUGGGAUGUCCAAGAGGGUACACAGAUUUGGUCGAGUCCCAAACAGGAAACGAAACUAGUACAAGUUAUCACACUCCCUCAGCAUAAUCUGGUUGUCACAAGAGAUUUGUUGGGGACAAUCAAACUUUGGCAAGGGGACACAGGGAAGGAGCUUGGAGCAUUUUCAGCAGAGUCCGCAUUCUGCCCCACAAUUGCCUACACAAUAAACAAUAAGCUGUUCCUAUCGGUAGCUACUUCAAGUGAAAAAAUCUAUACAUUGGCAGUUCCUGAGCUAAGUCAAAUUUCUUGCAUAAAACCAUUCCCAAACUGUAGUGCAGAUUUAUCAUCUUGUUCACCAGAUGGGCGAUCAAUAGUUGUCCUUCCUCUGGAUCGCAACGAAGCACCAAAGGUACUUUAUACACAUCAUGCAACUAAUCCAGAAGAUGAUCUACCAGUGUUUUCUAGUCCUCUGCCAAUCAAGAAUUGUGCUUCUGUUACCUGUUGGCUACCAGCAGAACCAGCAAGAAUAGCGCUAAUGCAUGGAGUAGACCAAUGCUAUAACAUCACAACCAUUGAUAUAACCAUACAAAAGUCUAAAUAUAAAAUGAAUAUCACGGCUCAACAGGUUGCAACCUUCAGAUUACCAAAGAAACCUAUAUUUACACAAUACAAGACCAUUGCAGGAUUUGGAAAACAAACACUUUUGAUAGCAUUCAAUAUUGAGCUGAAAAUAUACUCUCUGGAUGGGACUGAAUUAAAUACUUUCCAAGAUCACAUGAAGGCGAUUACAUCAAUAUGGGUGGAUCCUUUCCGUGUUGUUACAUCAUCCUUCGAUCUCUCGCUCCGUGUGUAUACCUGGAAAAAUGACAACAAAACAUCUUCCCUUGUUAGUCGCUAUCAUUUAGUGGGGGGAUCUCACAGAUGGUCAAGGGGCUUUACAAACGUGGCCUGUGAUGAUGUCAGCAUUGUUGGUGUAGUGGCUGGAGUGGAUCAGACAGACAUUUUAAGAGCAUACAGCUUCGAUCUCUAAGACUUAAUUCCAUUCAACAUUCACCGAAGAGACUCCCUGACCGUUAAGAAGCCUAACAGAGUCCAUAGUUAUGUGGAUAAGGGGCACAACUCGUUUUUAAAAAAUCACUAUUAUAAAGAAAAUGGCAUGCAAAUUAAGGAGCACAGAAAGAGAUGAGCUUUGAUACUUAUGUUUAUUUCCACAAUAAAACUGUUGUAUCUUGUACAGUCUUUGAAGCCCCAUUCUUUUACCUUCACUGUGUUUCUGGUGGGGGAAACGUUCUCUUAAAAUACAUAGUUUAUUACAGUGCAUGAAAAUAAACAAUUUUUUCCAAGGUUUGAAAAAAACAAGCAAAACACUUUUUUUUGCAAAGUAACACUCAUUCAAAACUUAGGCAUCUUAGCUGACAAUGCAUAUACUUACAAUGAUUUCCAGAUCUGGAGGUAGGAUGAGACAGUAAGAGUUCUAGAGCCCCAGCAUAGAUAACUGCAUGUGUUGAAAAUUGACACUGGGAGUACAGAGUUUACUGCAUGAGGAACAGAUGGAACUACUGCAACAAGUCUCACUGCACCACUAUCAGUGCCAUCCUAAGUAGAGUUGCAUCCUUCUUAGUCCACUGAAGUUGGUGGGCGUGGAAAGGUGUGUUUAGGCCUGCGUUAUGUCCUACCUUACACAAAAAAAUUCCGAGAAUCAUCCAUGGCUGCCAUAUUGUCUCCAGCCCUCUUACUGGGAUAAUCAAAAGGCAAGGAUUCUUACCAACUGCUUCUGCAAGCACUGUUUCACUUUAAUUCUAGUUACUGGUGUAUUUGUCUGCAUUCUUCUCUGUAGCACUGCAGAGGGAAAUCUGUUGCUAUCAUCUCAUGAGUCACAAUUUCCAAAAUUAUCCACCAGACAACCACCAUGAUAAAAGUAACCCAAGUGGGACCAACACAGAAUAAUUGGUAAAUUUAACUUAUGUUUUUUAUAUGGUGCUUUCUCUUCAGGUUGGAGCACAUUUCAAUCCAUUACCAGCCCCCUUUUCUAUUCAGUACAGACACAGUUCAGCGCAAUCCUAAGUAGAUCUACUCAGGAUCUUAAUGGUGUAUUUGAUGGGGCUUACUCCCGGGAAAGUGUUCUUAGGAUUGCACUGUGGGUCUACCUUAUGGAGCCUGAAAGAGAGUUAAUGUAGAAAUAACUUAUCUGGUUUAUCCAGACCAGUGGAGAAAGUAAUAUUAAGUUCUGCAUACCAUACCCUAAUGGAAGGGUUAGACUGAGCCAAUACGAUCCUGUUGUAAUUUUAAAGCCCUAAGAAAGGCAGCAGGUUGUAUAGUUAACUCCUUGUGGGCAAAACCACUGCCCUAAAACUAU